CGGCCAGCCUGGAGACAGAAGUUUGUUCCGCGCGGGGCUUUUACGCAGGCGCAGAUCACGCUGUUUGUCCAGUUUCGCUGGUUGACUUUUACCUGCGAGGCGUUCCAGUUUCGGUUCGCUGGGAAUAAGCGACGGCCGCCGACAGGGUCCGGUCCGGGGGUGAAAGCGCUUGCCUCCUCCCUCCCCGGCCCCGUGUGACGGAGCGUCGCUCGGGAUUUCUCCGGGAUUUGUAGAGUCGGUGCGCAGCGGCGAGCUGAGCGCGAGGCAGGUGCACCGGGGACCGGACGGGCGAGGAGAGCUUGUUCCGUAUUUCCGUGAUUGAGUCCUGACGUUGACACCGGACCGGAUGAUUGGAUAUCAACUGGUUGGAGCCGCGGUGGUUGAUCUGUGUUAGUUUCAUUAGUAUGCGGCUGAAGUCCCCCCGCUGCUGCCGACAUCCAGCCUGAGGACCGAUCGGCAGCCCUGAAGUCUCCGCCGUGCCUGCUGAGUGACUCCUCGGCCCGGAGACGAGGACGAGGAGGCGGCGGCGGCGGCGCGGGCGGGACCUCGAGCUCUCCGCACGGACACGACGCGCACCUCCCCGCCCCGUGGACCGGGAAGAUGAUGGGCUUUCUGCGCCGGACGUUCAGCCGCCGCCCGCGGAGCCGCUUCCAGACGGGCGAGGGGGACGAGCGGGACGGCAAGGGGGGAGGGGGGGCGGCGGGGGUGACCGGGAACCCCCUGCUCCUGCCCCACCAGCAGCAAGUCGUCCACGCGCCCGCCGUGGUCAGCGGGGGGGUCUCGGUCCACAUACCGGCGGCCGGGACCGCCAGGACCGUCAUCACCUGCCGCGUCCUGCUCCUGGACGGUUCGGACGUCAACGUGGAUCUGUCCAGCAAGUCCAAAGGCCAGGACCUCUUUGACCAGAUCAUGUACCACAUAGACCUGGUGGAGACCGACUACUUCGGCUUGCAGUUCAUGGACACGGACCAAGUCUCGCACUGGCUGGAUAUGACCAAGCUCAUAAAGAAGCAGAUCGUAGACGGGCCUCCUUACAGACUGUUCUUCAGGGUGAAAUUUUACUCCUCGGAGCCGAAUAACCUGCGCGAGGAAUUUACAAGGUAUCUGUUCGUGCUGCAGCUUCGUCAGGACAUUCUGUCUGGCAAGUUGAAAUGUCCCUAUGACGUGUCAGUGGAGCUGGCUGCGUAUUGUUUACAAAGUGAGCUGGGAGACUGCGAUCCGCUGGAACACUCCCCUGAACUGGUGUCGGAGUUCCGCUUCACUCCCAAGCAGAGCGAGGCCAUGGAGGCGGACAUCUUCGGCAGGUGGCUGGAGCUUAGGGGGAAGAGCCCGUCCCAGGCCGAGAUCUCUUUUCUCAACAAAUGCAAGUGGCUGGAGCUUUACGGGGUGGACAUGCACUUUGUGAAGGGCCGGGAUGGAGGGGAAUACGCACUGGGCCUCACUCCUACUGGCAUCCUGGUCUUUGAAGGCUCCAACAAAAUCGGCCUCUUCUUCUGGCCCAAAAUCACCCGUCUGGACUUCAAAAAGAGUCGCCUCACGCUGGUUGUGGUUGAGGACGACGACAAGGGCCACGAGCAGGAGCACACCUUCGUGUUCGAGCUCGCCAGCUCCAGGACCUGCAAGCACCUGUGGAAGUGCGCGGUGGAGAGCCACGCCUUCUUCCGGCUGCGGCAGACGGCCGCGGGCAAGGCCGCCCGCAGCGACUUCACGCGCCUCGGCUCCCGCUUCAGGUUCAGUGGCAAGACGGAGUAUCAGGCCACACACGGGGAUCGCCUGAGAAGAGCCAGCACGUUCGAGAGGCGGCCGAGCAAGCGAUACCCCUCCCGCACGCACUCGCUGGGCAAAGGUGCAAUUUCACCAGCCAAGCCUCCACAUAUCAGCUCUCAUGCCAGCCCUGAUCCCAGCCUACAUCCAUACCAGCACAACAUCCCCAUUGGCCACGAGCUGUGGCGCACGCCCCACCCGGCGCUCACGCCCCCGGUGUACCUGCAGCCCGCCGGACACACGCCGCCGCACAGCUUCCCUCUGAGCGGUCCGGCGUCGCACCACCAGUUCAGCGUGGAGGAGAACGAGGCUUCGUAUCCUGGCAAGGUCCACCACCAUCACCGACGGCACACGCACAGCCAGGACACGCUCUGCCACGCGCACACCAAGAACAAACGCAGAGCUCCUCCAUGUCCAGCAGAUGAGCUGGACAUUUCUCAGUGCCUGCUCAAGGCUCUGGAGUCAGACAGCGAUUCCCCUCCUUGGCCUUCGCUGCACGUCAACAUGGACAACAAGGGGGAGGAGAAGCAGCUGUCUGAGAAGUCUCUGCACCCGCCCGCCUCUCCCGCGAUGCUCCCCGACCACCUCAAGUGCAACAUCCUCAAGGCCCAGAUGGAGGCAGCGUUCAGGAAGGAGGCUCCGACAACGCCCAGAGGGAGGAACUCAAGCGAGACGCUCACUGACAGGUAUCAGAGCUCCUCCCAAGACUCCGCUGCAUCCAGUCUGACUGCCGAUAAAACACCCCUCCGGCAAGACCGCAACCCAACGCCGGAGGGGCUGCAGCCCAAGGCCAACGCGAGCAGCAACCGCAGGAAACGGCUGGUCAGACAGUUCAGCUUCAAUCACGAGGACGAAGACAAUCUCCCAGAGGCGCUUGCGGCCAUCUCCUCCCAGAGCACGGCGAAGUCGGGCUCCAGCAGCUCGCUGGACAAACAGAUACAGCCGUCCAUAUACCCACAGGUGGAUAACAUGCCAGCUCUGGAACUGGCUACUCCGUGCUGUCCCUCUCCCUUGCCUUCCCCUCACCUCUCCCCUUCUUACUACCGUAGCUCCGUCCCUCAUGUGGUCCCGUACCUCACUGCCCAGAAUGACAGCGGCGAGGAAAUGAGGGUGGACAGAGAGAAGAUACUAAGGGCUCUGCUGAUGACGGAGCUCUGAGAACCUGACCUUUGACCCCUGUGACGACAAACGAAAAGGAAGCAUGACAACACGUUUUAAAGUGACUGGCUGCAUUUAACGUUUGUAUAUUUGCAUAAUACAUCCAGCUGUUAUAAAUACACAUUUGCAUAAAGGCAAUUGUUCUAUUUGCCUAAAUAUUUUAGAAGAAUGGUUCUUUAUAUUUAUUAAAAUGAAACUGUACAAACUUUAGGUGAGACAGACAGAAGCGGACUCACGCAUACACAAAUCAGUCAAGCUACAGAUGUGACAGGUGCUGCCUGCAUGAUACAAGCGUUACGCGAUUAAAUGUUUGUGAUUUGCUUUGUGAUUUCCUCAUCACGGUCUCUUCAGCCGCUGUUUCAACCUUUCAGUCUUAUACAAAAGCUCCGAUAAACCGGACGUUGCUCCACUUUCAAACCAGUUUGUCCAAAAUGUAAAUACGCAUUUGAAUGACUAUGACUGAGAUUGUAACUUUUUAUUAAUUAUACCUCUUUUAAUGCCAGAAAUACAUUCUGAGGGGCGAACGGUUGCAGAGCUGACGCUUUUAAAGUUAACUGGAAAUUAGUCUCAAUGUGUCCACCAGACGGAGACAAACCUACAGUUAUUACGGAGGCAUCUGAACAUCACGAUCCUGUGGUGCAAGUUGUCAUGAGUGACAAAUCAUGGCUCACUGGCAUUUUUUUUUUACUUUUGGGGUUUCAUUCGCAUCAUUUUGAGAUCCACACAUCAGCGAGCGAGCGCCUGUUGUCCAGUGACCUCAUUUGAUCCCUUCGUUUCUGUCGCAGCCACGUCUGAGGCAACCAGUGAUUUGCUGUUCUGCUGUACGUGUUGACUGACUUGUUCCAGUCCGGAUCUUAAUAAACGAUGCAUCAUCA